UAUCUAUAAAUAAAUGUGUGGAAAUGAGCUGCUUCCAUAGUCCCAUUGAGUUUCCCAUCUUCUAUUGCAACACUUCUUCUCCUAUUUCCAUUUAACAUGUUCAAUCAAAAGCCCCCAAUGGCGGAAGAUCUCCAAGAAUUGGUUCUCAACCUUCCCAGAGAGAAAAACCUUGAUGGCACGAAUUCUCUCUAUCUGUUCAAAGGGGCUUGGGUUUCAGCUUAUGUGUUAAGAGCUGUGGAUUCCUUUCAACGCCACUUCAUUGCUCAAGACACCGAUAUAAUAGUAGCUAGCAUGCCGAAAUCAGGCACUACUUGGCUGAAAGCCCUGACCUUUUCGGUUGCAAAACGCCACAUCUAUGACCCCAAAGAAAGUCCUUUACUCACCACUCCACCUCAUGAACUGGUACCUUUUACCGAUACUGGCCUUUACAUGGAAGACCCGCUCCCAAAUCUUGAACAACUUCCUUCUCCAAGAAUCUUCGGUUGUCACUCCCAUUUUGCAAAUUUGCCAGAAUCAAUUAGAAAUUCCAAGUGUAAAGUUGUGUACAUAUGCAGAAAUCCAUUGGACCAAGUUGUCUCUUACUUUCAGUUUGCACACCAGUUCAAACAAGAUGGCAAACCUUUAUUAUCACUAGAUGAAUGUUAUGAGAACAUUUGUCGUGGAGUCCAUAUUCUGGGCCCUUUUUGGGAUAAUGUGCUGGGGUAUUGGAAUGCAAGCUUAGAGAGACCAGACAAGGUGUUGUUCUUAAAAUAUGAAGACUUGAAGGAGGAUAUAAUCUCUAACUUGAAGAAAAUCGCUGGGUUCUUGGGAAUUCCUUUCACCGACGAAGAAGAAAAGGAAGGGGUUAUUGAAGAAAUAUCAAGGCUGUGCAGCUUCGACAAUCUCAGGAAUUUGGAGGUGAACAAAAAUGGUGUUCGUCCUUCUGGGGCUCCAAACAGCUCCUUCUUCAGGAAAGGAGAGGUGGGUGAUUGGGCAAAUUAUCUGAGUCCUUCCAUGGCUGAGAAUUACCUGAAGAUUGUGGAAGAGAAGUUGAGUGGAUCUGGUUUAACCUUCAAAACAUCUCAAUAAAGUGCACCGUUCUCCUUAAUUCCCUUGUGUUUUUAGCAGGUAAAAGAAAAGGCGGGAGAUAAAAGUUGCUUCACCAGAAACCGAGGCCAGGCCUCACUUAUUGGCGGGUCCCUCGAACGACCCUUAAUCCAAUAAUGGAAGGGUACAUGUUCCAAUAAACCACCAUUCUGGUGUCCUAAAAACAGUCUUCUAGUCCCUGUAAUUUUAUAAGAAGCUGUUUCAGUACUUUUUUUUAAUGCAUUUAUAAUUAAGUCCUGAGAUUAUAAGUUCCUUUUAUCCUUAUCGUAAUUUGUUUUUCAGUUUAAUCUUUGUACCUGGAAAUGUCAUAAAAUAAUUCAUAGGCAUGAAAUCAAUAUUUGUUUAAAGUAA